GUCGGUAUCAUUGCGGCCGUUUAUUAUUGUUAACAGACCGCAUUAUUUCCUAAUUUAAUAUCCGUAGCUACCAUUAAACGCUUACGGUGUUUAGCUCGACCGCGCUACAGCUUUUUCGGGACGCACAGAAGACGUAAAGAAUCCGUUCAUUUAUUGAAAAGCUAAAAUACGCUAGCACCAUUGCAUGAAUUGAGUGUAUAAAGUGAGAUAAUUAAUAAUAAAAAUCACACACGGCUUAUUAACUCAUAAGAACUCCUUUAUAGCACAACCAGGGUUUGAAGCGAAGAACCAUGAGCACACAAUACAGUAUACUCUUCAAGCAGGAGCACGCUCAUGAAGACGCCAUCUGGACAGCAGCAUGGGGUCGCAGUGAGAAGGACGGCUCUGAAACCAUUGUGACCGGCUCUCUGGAUGACCUGGUCAAAGUGUGGAAAUGGAGUGAUGAGAAGCUGGAGCUGCAGUGGACUCUCGAGGGUCAUCAGCUGGGUGUUGUGUCUGUGAACAUCAGUCAGAAUGGAGCCAUCGCCGCCUCCAGCUCUCUGGAUGCUCACAUUCGCCUCUGGGACCUGGAGACGGGCAAACAGAUUAAAUCCAUGGACGCGGGACCUGUUGACGCCUGGACGGUGGCUUUCUCUCCUGACUCCAAAUACAUCGCCACCGGCAGCCAUCUUGGGAAGGUCAACAUCUUCGGUGUGGAAAGUGGGAAAAAGGAGCAUUCACUGGACACCAGAGGGAAAUUCAUUCUGAGCAUCGCUUAUAGUCCAGAUGGAAAGUACUUAGCCAGCGGUGCUAUUGACGGAAUCAUUAAUAUUUUUGAUAUUGCGACUGGGAAACUCCUGCACACGCUGGAAGGUCAGGUUUGGAGUGUGAAAUACAAUCCCACAGGCUCAAAGAUCGUGUCUGCGGGAGACGACCGCGCCAUCCAUAUUUACGACUGUCCCAUGUAAAGCUCCACAGCCUCCUGGUGAACUCACACCCACUCAGACCACAGCAUACCACUGAUUUUUUAUUAUUAUUAUCAAUUCAUGGUUUCAUUGCCAACAUCUGCACAUGAUCAUACAAAUAAACGUUUUGUUUUUUUACUAAA